GGUAAAACAAUAAUGAGUUAUCCCACUCAACCAAGAGGACAAUAUCCACCACCUGGUGCACCUGGACAGUAUCCACCCCCAGGAGCUUCCGGCCAGUAUCCACCCCCAGGAGCUCCUGGUCAGUAUCCUCCACCAGGAGCUCCAGGACAGUAUCCACCUCCUGGUGCUCCUGGACAGUAUCCACCCCCAGGAGCUCCUGGCCAGUAUCCACCCCCAGGAGCUCCUGGCCAGUAUCCACCCCCAGGAGCUCCUGGCCAGUAUCCACUCCCAGGAGCUCCAGGUCAGUAUCCACCACCAGGUGCUCCUGGACAAUAUCCACCUCCUGGACAAUAUCCACCCCAAGGAGUUCCAGGUCAGUAUCCUCCACCAGGUGCUCCUGGACAGUAUCCUGCCGCUGUCCCACCUGGACAUUAUCCAGCUCCUGGGAUGCAGCCAGCCCAAACAUCAGGAUGGGAUGCUGAAGAUUCUGAUUCUGAAGACCACAUUAGAUCAAAACAUGAGAGAGUUCCAGUUACCGUAAAAUUUGUCAACAAAACAAACCAGAAGAUAUCUUUGUACUGGAUCAAUGAGAAAGGAAAAUUUAAGAAGAUGGAAAAAUUAAAAGAAGGUCGUAUUGAAGUGAUAAAGACAUUUGAAACACAUCCUUUUACUGCUGAGGGAAAGACAGGUCGUGACCCUGUUAUCAAUGGUAAUAUUGUAUUUUUUCCACAGCCUUAUCCUGGUGGACACGGUGAGGUGACAGCAGAGAUUAUGUUAGGCCCAAAGGAACCAUCGAGUCUUCGCUCAGCAGCUACUGGUCAUCCUACCCGUGUAAAGUUCUCCAAUCGAACUCACAUGUAUGCCACAUUGAAAUGGAUCGAUCCACAGGGUAAAGAACACAAAGUAAAAGACAUUCCACCUAAAAAAGCCUGGGUAACAGAUUCGUGUGAGGGUCAUUAUUUUAUUGCAUGUGAGCAAGGCAGAGAACAUGAAAUUCUUGAUUUAAAUUAUGGCUGGUUUCAUUUGGUUCAGCGAACAGCAAAUCCCCAGCAAGUUCGAAAAAUUUUGAUUACAGAACCAAUGGAUGACAGUUCGAGCAGCAGUUCUGGUUAGAUGAUCAAUCAAAGAAUGUUAAUGAACAAUCACUUUUUUAUAGAUGCUUUCUAAUUUAUGUUCUUUUAUUAAAAUUCUUGGGAAAACUUAAUAAAUUUAAUUUGUAUAUUUUGAAUGA